CAAUUAAUUGACGCCACAUGCAGCUGAUGCAGCUUUAAUUUUUUUUUUUGCAUUAAGAUUUAUUCUUUUUUAUGAUUUCGCGAAAUAAUUCCAAGAAUUUUUUAAAUAUCAAUGAAAGAAAUGAAAAAUGAAUCAUCUACCUCUAAACCACAAAACGAUUCAAGUUUAUUGGAAUAUAUUCGAUGUGAACUAAAACGUGGCUAUCAACUACAAAAUGAUGAACAAAGAUAUCGUGAACGAAGGGAAAAAUUUUACAUAUUUCUCAAGAUUCCAUAUAAGUUGGAAACCUUUCUAUUCUAUGGUUUCUUUCAAUGUGUUGACGCCUUCCUAUUUGUGCUAACAUUUUUACCAUUUCGUUUAAUAUUGGCUCUAUUAUCAUGUUUAUUUCGUAUCGCAAAUAUAUUCAUUCGAUUCUUCUCUACAUUCAAUUCAAAAAGCUUUCAAACGGUACCGAUAUUGAACGCUGCCGAAACCUGUGAUAUACUCAAAGGAAUCAUCCUACUCGCAUCGUUUUAUAUGAUGGAUAAUAUUGAAAUAUCAAUUUUCUAUCAUCAAAUCAAAAGUCAAUCUAUUAUAAAGUUGUAUAUUUUUUUCAAUAUGCUCGAAGUUGCCGAUAAACUUUUAUCAUCAUUUGGACAGGAUAUAUUGGAUACAUUGUAUUGGACGGCAACUGAACCGCAAACCAAAAAACGUCAUUAUGUUUUCAUAUUUUUUCAUCUUUUAUUAGCUAUUUUUUAUGUUUUUGCCCAUACAAUAUUGGUAUUACUGCAGGCAACAACACUUAAUGUUGCCAUCAAUUCAAAAAACAAAGCUCUUAUCACUAUUAUGAUGUCAAAUAAUUUUGUCGAACUUAAAAGCAUGGUUUUCAAAAAAUUUGAAAAAAACAAUCUUUUUCAUAUGUCUUGUAGUGAUGUACGUGAACGAUUACAUUAUAUUGUAUUAUUGGCUGUUGUUAUCAUACAAACAAUGAAAGAAUAUAAUUGGUCAGAUCGACAAUUAUGGAUAUUAUUACCAGAUUGUUUAAUGGUAUUUUCGGUCGAAAUAUUUGUCGAUUGGUUUAAACAUGCAUUUGUAACAAGAUUUAAUGAAAUUUCUUAUGAUGUUUAUGAAGAUUAUUCUCUUUCAUUGGCCUAUGAUUUAGUUGGUAGUAAACUUAAAAGUGCUUUUUCGGAUCAUUCAGAUAUUGUUUCCAGACGAAUGGGUUUCAUUCCACUUCCUUUAAGCGUUUUAUUGAUGAGAAUUUUUUUCAGUUCUUUUCAUUUUAAUGAUAUUUAUUCCUGUCUUUGUUUAUUAUUUUUAUUUCUAAGUAUCAUAACGUUUAAAUUAAGUGUAAAUAUUGUUCUUCUUGGUUUAUCAUGUAAAUGGGUGGAAGAACAUCAAAAAUCAUUGGAGGAAAAAGUGAAUAAAGCAUUGGGAGGACAUUCAGCUAGUUUACCGGCUUCACGUCAUAAUAGCGUAUCCGAUCUAACUAUUUUGAAUGAAGAAAAAGCAUUACAUGAAAUUAAGGAGAAAUUGGAAUCUGAACAACAACGACAACAACCACAACAAUCUCCAACAAAAACAACAACCAAAAGUACACCACAUUCACCAUUGAAUGGAAGUCCAAGAAAUAGUUUGGAAGAUAUAUCGGAACAGGUUGCAAUCAUACAAAAAUCAUUAGAAUCAUCGAUAAUAUUAUCGGAUUCAACCGUUUCAUUAAUAUCGAUGAAUGAUGGUCGUAAUGUUCGUUUACCAAAAUCGAUAAUUCAAUCAUCAUCAUCAACAACGCAAUACCUAGAAGAAGAUGAUGAUGAUGAUGAAAUUUUAAAUAAUGAAAAUGAAAUGAUAAUUAGAGAUUCAGAGAAUCAAAAGAUGAAUACGAUAACAAUGGCCAAAAAAAGAGCCAAUAUUCAACGGCGUGUUUCAUUACAAGAAUUACCGACAAAUACUCAUUCAACUGGUAUUUCUCAGAAUUCAGAAUCAUUGUCAUCAUCAUCGACAACAACAACAACAAAAACAACAUCAUCAUUAGAAAAGAAGCCGAAAAUUUCUUAGAUAAAUUCAAAUUCUUUUUUAUAUUUUUUUGUUUUGUUUGUUUCACGUCAUUUUUUUUCUUAAUAAAGAUGCUAUAAAUAUAUU